CCUGCUACAGCUCAGCAGAAGACACCAGCCUCCAUCAGUACUCCAGUCAUCGGUGCAUCUAUGUCGGCAGUCCACGGCGGGGAGCACAGACCCCGCGGUGAACACUCUCGAGGCCCCGGAGGACCCGUGCUGCUGGCCCUGGCUCCUGAAUAGUUUUGCUUUAACAGUUGUUGGUAUUUUUUCGAGUCUUCUCCUGCCUCGCUAGGGGAUGGAUGGGGAAUGAUCCACGCAGACCGUCCUCCUCCGCCUCCUCCUCCGCCUCCUCCGCCUCCUCGGUAGCUCCGUGUCCCGACUCAGGCCCCGGAGCUCUGCCCGGGAUGAGGACCCUGCUCCCCCGGGCUGCGGUGCUCGCAGCCCUGCUGGCGCUCAGUUCCUGCCUGACAGGAUCUCACCUGUGCCCUCGGAGUUUAGACUGUGCCCGGGCAGGACGGGGCUUCUGCCCCCCGGGCGGCUCCCACUGCGGGCCCUGCCUGCGCCCCCUACUGGAGAAUGCCCACGGCCGCUGUGUGGUCCAGAGGAGGCACGCUGCUCACACCACUAAAGGUAAAGUGAGCACCUAUCCUGAGCUGGAUGAGGAGAUCAACUUCCUGUCUGCGAUCAUCAGUGAACAGAGAACUCUGUCCAGGCUGCCAGCUCCAACCUCCCAAAUUGCCUCUGAACCGUCACCCGGCGCCCCCCCCCCCACAGCAUCCACCACAGAGCAGCCCAGGAGCCAGAGUGUCCUGCCCACCAGUGAGGCUCCAACCUCCUCUACCUCCAAAACCACCUCCAGCACAAACCACACCACUGCUCUGCUCAGCGAUCCCAUCAUCCUCCCGUACCCCCCCCAUGACCAGGUCUUCAUCAUCCUCUGCAGUGUCUUCAUGGUGGUGGCUUCGAUGGCUCUCAUCACAGCAGGCGCCUGUUGGCUCAGAAUGCAGAAAGGAGUGAGUCUGACUCACAAGGCGGACUACCCUGCAUACAGACUGAUGAGAGCACAGGCCUUCGACAAUUUGCCUGGGGACAGGAAGCUGGCCCACAGUGCCCAGAUGUACCACUACCAGCAUCAGAAGCAGCAGAUGCUCUCAAUGGAGAAACACAGGGAUGAGCCGAAAAUUCCCGACUCAGGAGCAUCGACAGAUGAGGAGAACGAGGACGGAGACUUCACAGUGUACGAGUGUCCUGGACUGGCCCCUACUGGAGAAAUGGAGGUGAAGAACCCACUGUUUGACGACUCCACCCUUUACCUUCAAAGGAUCCACAAGUAAACCUGGACUCGAGACACUUCACUCUGAAUGCAGCAUUGUGUGUAUAAAUAGUAGGCACAGUUACACAUAAUCCUAGUACACUGCUGUGCUCAGGACAGGACGGAGAGUGGAAGGUCCUUAGAGGAGGAGGAGGAUCAAGAGUGAGGCGUUCAUGGACACAGGGCUGGUUUCUGUUUGAAACAGGACUGAAGCAGGGACCAAUGCCUCCAACAUUCUGAAUAACUUCAGAGGGGUAACAUACACAAACAUUGAAUCAAAUAUCCUGAGUGAAUAACAAAGCAGAGUCCAGUAACAGACAGGUGUCUGCACCACUGAGCUACCACUAAGAAAUUCUGAGUCCAUAGGUUAAUAGGUCUCCAUGAAUAUCCAUGUUUAUUGAUAACUAAAUAAUCCUUAAUUUAAUGUGUUCACACUGCAGGCUUUGAUUUUAUUCACGCAUUUUUAAAUGUGAUUUUAAUAUUUUAUUAACACACCGUGAUCUUUAUCAGUAUGUUAGUUAUGUAACCGUUGUAUCUAGUUCCUCUAUGCAUGAAUUGAUAACGCUGUGUUAUGAAAUCUGAAAAUCAAUAUGCAUUUUAUACAUGCAUUCCACACAUUUUGCAAGAUAAUACAGGUAAAUCAGUUAUAAUUGAUAGAUGUCUCUACAAGGCUUCCCAGGGGGAUUUCUUGAUGAGGCAUUACCUAAUGUUGACUUUAAGGAUAAAUCUAAAGACGCAAAUAGAGAAAAGUGUAGAAAAUAAGGUUCAAGGUUCUUUAUUUAGUCAUACGAACAUAGCUACAGUGUAGUCAUGCCGAUUAAAAUCUUGUGUCACAGGCUUCUCCAACAGAGCAACACAAAACACAGAUAAACAGAAAAAAUAUAGUGCAAGUAAAUAUUAAAUAGUAUUUUACAUUUCUUAAGUAUAUAAUAUAAAAUGAUUUCAAAGGAAUUUGGAACCUCUUUACCUAAGACUCUGAAACAGAGUGUACAGUAUCUCUCAAACAUGGCUUGUCUCCAUGGUUUUGUGAUCUGUAAAUAGCUGCUAACAUGUACAGGACAGAGAUCUUGUGUUAGUACUUGUGUUCCGCUAGUUUGUGUCACAUCUUCAGUUGUUUGUUUCCUUGUUGUUAACUGAAGGGUUUGAAGAGUUCCUACACAUGUGCAAAGGACAGCAAAUGUCUCAGAAAGUAAGUAAUGUCAAGGUUUUGAAAAAAUUAUUCACCUAUUAUCUGUGGUGCGUUACAGUUUGUAGUGUAAUAGUUGUGUAGAUAAGAGCGUAGGUAUCAGCACACUGUAUAGCAUAGCUCCCGCACAUUUAAUCCUACCUUCACCAGAUAAAACAUGACAAAGGGACUAGGUCUUUGUUGGUACAAUGCAAAAGUGCCUUAAACUUGCAUUAUUUAUAAUGGCCAGCAGCGGCUGCAAAAAGAGGUCGGAUUGUAUAGAACUCAAUGAGAAAAUGACCCUAUUUCUCACUUGAUUUAUUACCUCAGUACACAUUUCACUCGCCAGUUUCAUGCUUCUUCAAUACAGCUGGAUGUUUAUUUCAUACAUCUUUACCCCAGUCAGAGUAAAUAGACAAAAAGCAGGGUGUGCUUUGGGGGGCAACUUUCUGAUUGAAAAGUCACCAACACCAUGUUCUCGCUUUAGAAAUUCAAUCCUUUCACAUCGUGUUUAAAAAAAAAAUGUUUUAAACCAGUUGGUAAAAGUCAAAGCUGUAAUCCACUAACCAGUUGGUGAUUGACAGAAGGUCACGUUGACGUUUGGCCCCAAAUGAAUCCAAGUUUUCCAUUCCUGAUAAUUAAUGGUAGAAAUGCUGAAUGUUAAAAUGAUGGUACUGUAUGGGCACUGUUACUCAUAUGACCUCUUGGAUUCUCUGCUUUUACCUUUACUGAAGCGGCUAUCCUCACCUGGCCUAAACACUCUGGUGGAAAUUCCAGACUUAAUCACCUUCUGGUAAGAAAAGAACACAUACAGUACAAGCUUAAACCAAAGUUGUGUUAUUUAAUAAAGAGUUAUAGCAUUUAACAGAAUCAAUCUAUUUCCAGCUGGAAAGGACAGAUAACCUUUACCACUGAUGUAGUACAAGAAUCUGACCCUGUUACACAGAAAAACAAUGACUUUAUACACAGGAAGAGCAUUCAUUCAGCUAGGUCAUUUACAUUACAGCCUUAAGAAAGGUCGGGGGGCAGACAGAAGGGGAAGUAUAGCAUGGCAAUUAAAACCCUAACAUCCAUAUGAUAAUUGCCUGACAAUGGUCAAGGCGACACCCUUCUGUCUGAGAACAUUUUGUAGUUAGGAAACCUAUAUAUUUAUAUUGAAUUAUUAGACAUUCCCAUGAUACAUUAUUUUAGGACUGGAUGUGAACUAUCUUUCUGUGUACUGUAUGUAUGCUCAUAUUGCCCCAGAUUACAUUCAACUUCCAGAUUGAUAUUUGGCCUCAGUGACAGAUGUUUGUCAGGAAACUGUGCAGGAACCCUGAUCUAACUCAGGAAAGCUGCACUCUUUAGGCCCCUCUCAGCUCUACCACAUUAAGAGAGAUGGUUUAACUGUAUUAGACCUGGACACAUAUCCACAAUAUGUCAAAAGAAAAUAUCUACAGCAGAUGCCAGGGAGUAUUAACAGGGGAGAUAUUUAACUAUGUUGUAAGACAGUUUUAUCCAAACAUACUGAACUUGUGGAACAAAACAAAGGGCCAUGUGGGAUGACGAGAAAUUAUACAAUUGUCAUGCUGUUUGCCUUUUCUACAUGUUAUAUAGCUCUGAGUGCAAAGAGCCAAACGGUUGCCUUGUUUUGGUCAUGCUCGCUCUGAUACAGACUGUUUUUGACUACAUUAGUUCUACACACUACGGAGAACUUCUUUACCACCAUGUUUAGCCUGCAUGUAGAUAUACCAGAGCUGAAAUGAAUGAAAUAAAUAUUUAUAUAAUCUGA